AUGGUUCGGAUAAGCGAGGCGAUCAAAGACGAUCACCGGAAACUCGAAUCUUAUUACAACAUCAUCGUCAACUCCGAAGAUGAAGACGAACAAACGCGAUUCCAGAACCAGUUCACCUGGGAACUUGCCCGACACGCUGUCGCCGAAGAGCUAGUAGUGUUCCCUGCACUGGAAAAGGUUCGAUUUAACAGCAAGGAGAAGCUAGAUGAUGAUCGGCGUGAGCAUUCAGCGCUCAAAGAAAUGCUCUACGUUUUCCAAGACCUAAACAGCUCCGAUCCAAGAUUCGUCCCUACAAUUACGAUGCUGAUGGAAGGUCUUGCCCGGCAUAUGAAAGACGAAGAGGCAAACGACCUGGUUAUAUUGGAGGAGUCCCUCACUUCUGAUGAGAGCGAGGGGUUGGCUGAAUCUCUUAGUCGCACUAAGAUGUUCGUGCCCUCUCGCUCGCAUCCAUAUGACCUGGACAACCCGCGCUUCGAGACUGUAGCCGACCUGCUCACGGCUCCCCUGGAUCAUCUUCAGGAUAUGUUUCGAAGGUGGCCAGAGGAGGAAGGCCUUCUAACCUCGCCAAUGGAGUAG